AUGAUAAAUCUGUUCCAGUGUUGGAUUGGUCCUCCUCGCAAGCUGGGCGGGCGUGGCAACGCCUGCUGUUCCGCGACGAACAAACGCACAAACAUAUUCACCGCGGUGAACAACUUCUUCGCUGAUUCGCCACUGGUGAAUCAGCUCAAAGGUAUCAUGACUAGACAAACAAACAGCAGUGGAGGAGAGCCGGGCCCUCCAGAUGAAUCCCGCUCCAGCAACAGAGACCCGCCGACACUGGCACUCAGCCCUUCAGACAGUCAGCAGCUCCCCGAGCAGGCGUCUCCGAGCAAACCGCCACGUCAGGUGACGUUCUUAAAACCGGCCGCUGACACCACCCUCGACAGGAAGGCGUCCAUCGUCGACGAGACCUCCGGCAUCACCAGGACUCAAAUGAAAGAAUUCCGUGAGGCAUUCCGCCUGUUUGACAAGGACGGUGAUGGCACCAUCACGAAGGAGGAGCUCGGCAGAGUCAUGCGCAGCCUGGGCCAGUUCGCUAGGGUCGAGGAACUGCAGGACAUGCUGCAGGAGGUCGACAGUGACGGCGAUGGCAACGUCAGCUUCGAGGAGUUCGUGAGCAUCCUCUCCAAAUCCAUGAGUGGUCCUGCAGGGAACACCAGCUCCGCUGAACAGGAGGAGAGGGAACUACGAGACGCGUUCAGAGUGUUCGACAAACACAACCGAGGUUACAUCUGCGCAUCAGACCUGAGGGCUGUGCUUCAGUGCUUGGGAGAGGACUUGUCUGAGGAAGAGAUCGAGGACAUGAUCAAAGAGGUCGACGCAGAUGGCGAUGGCCGCAUUGAUUUUCUUGAAUUCGUCCGCGCUCUGGGUGAACCUGAGGAUGCGUGUGACGAUGAAGACGAGGACGACACGACUGAAGGACCAGACCUCGUGCUUCCACGACCUGUAGCUGCCAACUAA